AUGCCUCCCAAGGCCAUCACUAUUGAUCUCGGCUUGACUGCCUCCAACAUCGCCGUUAUCCGCGCCUCUCUCAUUCAUGUCGACUCUUUCAAGCCCGACAUGGCUGCCGUUUCUCACGAGAUCGGUAUCAAGAACAAGAACAACGCUCCCCGUGACCUCAAGGCGGCUCUCAAGAAGCUCAAUCUGAUCUACAAGGACGGAAAGGUCUUCUCAGCUACUGAGGGUGACGCCACUGCUGGUCCGGCUGCCAGCGGUACGACCAAGGCCAACGCUUCUCCUGCGAAAGGUUCGGGUGGAAAGAAGCGCAAGGCUAGCGAGGAGACUGAGGGUGAUGAGAGUGCCAAGAAGCCCAAGCACGAGGAAAGUGAGAAUGGCGAGGAUACGAAGGAGUUUGAUGAUGCUGGUGCGACCUCGGCCUAA